UCGCUUUAUCUCGGUUGUCUCGAGUUAGUCUCGCGUAGCUAGCUAUCUUUGACUUAAACAGCAAAGUUACUGACUGUGGGCGUACCUACGUCUGAGGCUGAGACUAGUCUCGAGUUAACUCCGCGUUAAUAGAAAAAAAACAGCGGCAACACUGAGAUGCUGGCCGGAGGAGUUUUCUAAUCGCCCGUCGGUGUCAAUGACAUGAACAGAAUUGCUAAAAUACCAAAAUAUGGCAGGAAAGCUGUGCUGCAACGCGUCUGUAAAUACUCCUGUCGCAUAGACAGUCUGCAUUGUUGAGAAAAUCAUUUGAAACUGUAAGCAGCCAUAAUGCGCGGGGCGGACCGCAACCGCAGGUCUGCCGUGAUUGUGCUCUGCCUGCUGGGAUGCGAUAUAUGGACAGCGGCCGCUAAAACACUGCAGGAAAACAGCGAUGCCAAAGAGGUGGUACUAAAGGUUCACCUGAGUGAUGCUAGCACCCAUCAGCCUCUCUCUGGUGUCACCGUGGAGAUCUUCACUAACCACACCCCUGUUGCAUCCGAUACCUCUGGUGCUGAUGGCAACGCCUUUAUCAGGUUCCCCUAUCGCCUUGGUGACCUUCUUGUAGUCACGGCAACCAAGCGUGGCUACGUACCCAACUCCAUCCCAUGGAGACCAAGCAGGCUACCUGUGUUCUCGUCUCUCAGUCUGGAUCUGCUUCCUGAGAGGGCUGCUACUCUUAUGGUGUAUGAUGACGUGGUGCAGAUUGUCUCUGGAUAUCAAGGUUCAAAACCACAGCCGUGGGUUCAGUUCCAGAGAAGAGCAUUGAGUCUUCCUUCUAAUGCAACAUACACCAACCUAACUGCCUUCCUCACAGUGAGCAGUUCAACCCAAGACACACAGUACUUCCCUUACCUGCAGGGCCUUCACUCCAACUACACAGGUAGCGAACGAAAGUUCGAGUUGACUCCUGUGGCUGCCAUUAGUGUCCAUCUUUUGGGCAGUGAUGGGGCGGAGCUUCAUGUCAGUGAGCCAAUCAGUGUGAGUGUGCCUCUUCCUGAGAAUAGUGGCUUAAAAGAGAAUGAUCACAUCCCUGCCUGGCGGUUUGAUCCUAAACUAGGGGCCUGGCUGAAGAGCAGUUUGGGUUAUGUUCAGAGAGAGGGGAAGCAGUUAACUCUCACAUAUAUUGCCUCUCAGCUCGGCUAUUGGGUGGCAGCCAUGUCUCCCAUAAACACAGGUCCUGUGGUGGCAAAGGACAUCAGCACUUAUCAUACAGUCUUCCUGCUGGCCAUACUAGGAGGCAUGGCCCUGAUACUGCUUUUUCUGCUCUGCCUUCUGUUCUACUAUUGCAGGAGGAAGUGUGCCUGCUUGCAGCCUGCCCACAGAAAGUUAAGGCUGUCCUCUGCCCUAGAUGGCUCUAAACAAGACCAGGCUACUUCCAUGUCCCACCUAAACCUCAUUAAUGAGACUCACCUGGACCACAACGGAGCGGAGCCAGACAUGCACACACCUAUGCUUAAACCCACACCAUACAACUCCUCCACCAAUGAGCUGGCAGUGUCACAGGAUAAACUCCAUAGCCGAGGAUCCAACCAUUACAAGCAUUCAGUAGAGAUAUUUCCACUUAAAUCAUCUUGUUCAAACAAUCCCUCUGAAGGCUACGAUUCUCCUGCCACACGUGGGGAGUAUCGACGCAGCUAUACCUCAAUCACGACUUCAUCUGUCCAUCCCCUCCACAUGUCUGUCUCAUCCUCAUCCCCCAAUCCUUUGCAUCUCACCACCUCAGCAGGACGUCUCUCUUCAGAAGAUAAAUCGAGCCUUCAUGAUCCACGCCUCUCUCCUGUUAUAGCCACAUCGGCAAUUCCUGCAGGAUCCCCAGAGAGGGAACAAGGAAUUGAGCGGCGACUGAACGAUUACAUGCUGUCUCGCUCCGUAGAUCACUUAGAGCGACCUGCACCCCUUCCUCUACCUGGAGCCCUGCUCUGUUGCACCUCUGAACUACAGGUCAGUCAAGGGGAAGAAACCUAUCGCAAGGCCCGCCCCACACUCGUCAUCCCAGCCCACUACAUGCGACUCCCCGGGACACACCCCCUCUCGGGUCAGGCACUCCUCCUGCAGUCAGAUGAACAGAGCGAAUUGGAAAGCAUUCAGGCGGAGCUUAGCGCAUGCCAUCAGCCGCAGGGCCAAGUGCCACACCCAUGGAGUAAAGGCGAGCAAGAAGAAGGGACGCAAGGAGUGGGGGAAGACCGAGGCGGAGGAGUGGACGAGUGGACGCUGCAGACGGCAGCUAUUCCCGCAGAUCUUUCCAUCCCCAAUUCCCUCAGUCAGUCAGGUCUAGACGUGGUGCAGAUGAAUGGAGAAGAUCAGCUUCUGGCUGAAAAGACUUUGAUGGAGCUCAGGGGAGGAAAGCCCCUCCCUCACCCGAGAGCUUGGUUCGUGUCUUUGGACGGCCGUUCCAACGCGCACAUCCGUCAUUCUUACAUCGACCUGCAGAGGGCAGGAUGCAACAACAGUUGUGUAGGAAGCAACGAUGCCAGUCUGGACUCUGGGGUUGACAUGAGUGAUGUCACACCAGGACGGCGUGUUCGUGACGCUGGCAAAGUUCUAGGUCAACACAGGGUCAAACCUGAAAAGGGGGCCAAGCCUCCAGUGCCUAUGGUCGGAUACACACCGUUAGUGUUUGUAGAGGAUUCAAAUACGACUGUAGGUGAUAACAGUAGCCCCACUCCAGUCAGCAGCCCUGAAGAAAACUCUACAGGGCCUGUACUGCAGGAAAGAGAGAUGGAGGAGGAAGAUAAAGAGACCCUGUCACCCCCAUCGCUGCCUUUACUUCCUCCUCCACCACCUCCUCUCCCUGAGCCUGUGGAUGAGACACCAGAGGAGACAGGGACAGAUAGUGAGGUUUUCAGGACUGUGGAUACUCAAAUGCAAACAAGCAAUUACCGACCAGACAACCUGGUCGUCCCGGAUGACAGCGGAGAAGACGAGAACAAGAAGAGCCCUUGGCAGAAACGAGAGGAGCGACCACUACUGGCCUUUAACCUGAAAUGACACAUCUUUUAAAGGAGUAUUCCGGGUUCAAGACAAGUUUAGCACAGUCGACAACAUUUGUGGCAUAACGUUACUUACCACAAAAAAUUAUUUGUCUUGUUAAAAAAAAUUGCAGUAAGGCACUUGCAAUGAUGUUAAAGGGAUAGUUCACCCAAAAAUGAAAUAUUAAUCUGUUUCUCACCCACACCUAUCACGUUGCUUCUGAAGAUAUAGAUUUAACCACUGGAGUCUUAUGGAUUUUUUUUUUUUUUUUUGGAGCUUUAAAUGUUGGUACCCAUUCAGUUGCACUGUAAGUACCUAAAAAACUGAGAAAUUCUUCUAAAAAUCUUUGUUUGUGUUCAGCAGAAGACAAAGUCAUAUGUAUCUGGGAUAGCAUGACUAAAUGAUGAAUUUUCAUUUUUGGGUGAACUAUCCUUUUAACAUGAUUUUAGUGCGAUAAAAUCAUUUACUAACCUUAUCUGUGUAAAGUUAUAUCCAAAAUAACAACUUCGUUGUCAUGGUGGUGUUAUGCCGGUAAAUCCUGUAAUCCCUGUAAGUGAUUUAUCUCACUAAAAUCACAUUUACUUGUGGAAUGUUUACGUCUUGUCACUAUACUUUCAAAACAGUGUGUAUUUUAACGUUUAUGGACUGGCCCCAUUCACUUCCAUUGUAAAUGCUUUACAGUACCCACAAUGUGUUUUUUUUUGUUUUUGUUUAUAUAUAUAUAUAUAUAUAUAUAUAUAUAUAUAAAAGUUGACUGUUUAAAAUCUAAAUUAUGCCACAAAUGCUGUCAAUUGAUCUUAACUUAUUUUGAACCCGGAAUAUCCCUUUAAGUGCUUCCACUGUGGACUGUUGAAUGGAGUUGCCUUAUGAGUGCUGGUCUGUGCACAACUCUUUGCCUGUGGCAAUUAAAGCCAAGCUAACCAUAGCACAAAUAAUAAAGGAGCAGUUCUGCCUCACAAUUGUGAGUGAGGAGGAACAAACUGAGUUUCCAAAUCAAAAAACCGCCUUUAAAUACCAACACUUUGAUGCACAACUGCUAUGACUUUCCUAGAAAACACACUUAGAGCAGAAAAAGUUCCAUAAAUCAGUGCAAGCCAUUGUGUUGAAGGUGAAAUGUCAUUUAAGCUUUAUGAGAUGCUGCUGUUUUUGAGCAAUAUGACAUAUAGUGGCAAAAUGUGUAAACUGCAAAAUGGUCGAACGUCACCACUAAGUGUUUCCCAGCACUUAUAUAAACCUUUAUGGGACAACAGGUGGAAUGUCUUCAACAUCUAAUAGGUUAUAAAACAAUAUAAAAACACCAUAAUGGGAUAAUUUUGCCUCGCAGUCUAAAUCUCACCAAUGUUUUCUUAUUUGUGGUUCUGUUGGUAGUGGAACACAUCUGAAGCUUUGGUGACCAAAUAAGUUUACAUAAUGCACCAUUUGUUCCUGUUACUCAGUCAUUUUGGAUGUGUUGAGCACAGAUUUACAAAUGUAGUUUUCCUCCAACCAUAGGAUACUAUUACAGUAAGACUUUGGUGACAUUUAUGAAGCCAUCAUCGCUGGUGGAGUUCAGACAAGCAGACCCGCUUUAAAAACAACUGCUAUGCAUUGCUUUAAUCUGAAGGAUCAUGUAGCUUUAGGUGCUUCUGUUUUAUUUUAACCACUGUAUUGUAAUUUCAUUUAUUUUUGUGAAUAUUUUAUUCAAGUUGUUUUGUUAUUUUUGUUUGGUCUUUGUGUGAGUGAGGUGGACUGCACCUUCAAUUGAGAGCUGGAUGCACACAUGCAAACACACUUAUCCACAUGAACAGCCACCAGCUUUUCAUUCCCUGUCAUUUCUGUCUUAAGUGCCUUUAUCCAGGAUUAUUUCCAUUGACUCUCUCUAAUUUUAUGUUUUUCACAAUAUAUUGACUCCAUUGGUAUUGCGCUCCCGUACUUCCACUGCUCUCUCUGUGUCCCAGUGAGUGUUUUAAUGUUGUAUCUGGGUAUAUGUUUUAUUUUCUGUCUAAUGAUGUCUGGACUUUUUUUUUUCACCAUGUGUAUGUACAUAUUCAUUCAACCAGUUGUUUAUGCUUGUGUGAAUGUGUGUGUAUCUGUGUGUCUUUUGCAGACAUACUAUGCAGUGUGUGUAUGUACUUAUGUAGAAUUGAAAGCAAUGCGUCAUUUUGGUUUGUUGCCAGGGUAACCACUUGGUAAGAAUACUUGUCACUCUCAUCUCUUCAGCGAUCUACUUUGAAUGUCUGGACUUGUUGCUUGUAUUAUAAUUCAGGCAUAUUAUCCAAAUAAAGCCACAACCUAAUCAACAA